UGUUAUGCAGCCUCUGUCUCUUUAAAAACAGGAGCAUGCAUGUGAGGGGGAGGGGGUGUUGGCUGCAUUGGAACAGUCCUCCUCUAAUGAGCAGAUUUGAGAGACACCAGAGAGAGAGAGAGAGAGAAAGAGAGAGAGAGAGACCCAACCAUAAGGAGAGAAGUGGGGAAUAAGACAACAACCGAAAAGGCAGAUAGUGAUACAUAAAAAUUAAGAGCAUGGCGCAUUAAGAGGAAAAGCAGACAUAAAUCUGGAUUUCUCACUAGAAAGGGAACAAGAAUAAAAGCAUCAGCAUCGCUCAACCACUUAAGGACGUGGAUGAAAAAAGAGAGAGGGAAAGGGAAAAGAGAGGAGGAAAAUAAUCAGAUCACUUGUUUUUUUUUCAUGGUCCGUGUGCGCACUUGCUGUUGGUGAGAGUGUACGUAUGUGUGUGUGCAUAUGGGAAGAGACUGCAUUGCUGUUCACUAGCAGAGGCAUCAGGAGAGAAGCAAGCUGAAUCCCUCUUUUUUUCUUUCUCUCUCUCUCUGUUUCUGUAUUGCACUGUGCGGCAGGAGCAUGUUGGGUGGGUUGGGUACAGACGACAAGCUGAGCCAGCCAGAAGAGAUGGAUCUGUAAAGCUGGAAAUGGUGUCGGAUCUGCCCAGCGGCUGACUGUUAGCUGUGUUACCUGGGGUUUCUAGGUGGAGCCUGGUGGUGCUCAGCUGCCAGGGAGCGCUAAAGAGCGGCUGGGAGAGUGCCGGCGGUGGGGCCCUGUGUGGAGGGAGGGGGAAAGAACCCAAAACCUGGAGAAGGAGGGUUUCUGCAUUUGUGUCAUCAGGGAAGUCACAUGGCUGGCAUAGGCAUUUUCCUAUUUGUGAGCUGCGGCUGUAGGAGAUUGGACUGGGAGUGACAGUGAACCACAGCUCCAGGAUAAUGGUCUGAAGAGGCUCCCGCUGCUCCGGCCUCACAGGAGGGACCUUACACUCUGGGGGCUAUUUUUCUUUUUCUUCUUUAAGUCAACCCAGGGGAUUUGUAUGUGUGUCUUCCUCCCCCUCACACCUCAUCAUCACCAACUCCGACCCCAACUGUGUUUUUUCUUUUUUUGAGAUUUGGGGGAUUUGCCAAAACCUAUUUCAUGCAUGUCCACUGGGGGCAGGUUCAACUUUGAUGAUGGGGGGUCAUACUGUGGCGGGUGGCAGGAAGGCAAAGCCCACGGCCAUGGCAUCUGCACUGGGCCGAAGGGCCAAGGCGAGUACUCAGGGUCCUGGAGCCAUGGUUUUGAGGUGGUGGGGGUGUACACCUGGCCCAGUGGGAACACCUACCAGGGCACCUGGGCGCAGGGCAAGCGCCAUGGGAUUGGGGUUGAGAACAAGGGAAAGUGGGUGUACAAGGGGGAGUGGACAAGUGGAUUUAAGGGACGCUACGGCCUCAGGGAGAGCACCGGCACCAGCGGGAAGUACGAGGGAACCUGGAACAACGGUCUUCAGGACGGAUACGGUACGGAGACCUACUCUGAUGGAGGUACGUACCAGGGCCAGUGGCUGGGGGGGAUGCGACAGGGAUACGGCCUGCGGCAGAGUGUGCCGUACGGCAUGGCAGCCGUCAUCCGCUCUCCGCUGCGUACCUCCAUAAACUCCUUGCGCUCGGAGCACAGUAACGGGAUGGCUCUGCUCCCGGACCGGGCCGGCAUGGCGUGCGUGGGUGGGAUGGGCUCUGCUGGCAGUCCGGCCGUGUCGCGGGGGGGCUUCGUGCUCACGGCACCCAGCGAGGCAGAGCUGCUGAAGGGCAAGAAGAAGGGUCUGUUCCGAGGUCGCUCGAUCCUCAGUGGACUCAAACUGAGGAAAUCCGAGUCCAGGAGCUCUCUAGCCAGCCAGCGCUCCAAGCAGAGCUCGUUCCGCAGCGAGGCGGGCAUGAGCACGGUCAGCUCAGUCAACUCCACCAUCAGCCUGGGAGAAGGCGAGGCCGAACUGGCCGCUGCCGAGGAUGAUGUGGACGCCACGGCAACAGAGACCUACUGCGGUGAGUGGAAGAACGACAAGCGCACAGGCUUUGGCGUGAGCCGGCGCUCGGAUGGCCUGCACUAUGAGGGGGAGUGGGUGGGAAACAAGCGGCACGGGUACGGCUGCACUACCUUCCCUGACGGGACCAAGGAGGAGGGCAAGUACAAGCAGAAUGUCCUGGUGAGCGGCAAGAGAAAGAACCUGAUCCCCCUCAGAGCCAGUAAGAUCAGAGAGAAGGUGGACCGGGCUGUGGACGCGGCAGAGAAGGCUGCAGAUAUCGCCAAGCAGAAGGCUGAGAUCGCCAUGUCCAGGACAGCCCAUGCACGAGGGAAGGCAGAGGCAGCCAUGGGAGCAGCCCAGAAGGCCCAGGAAGAGUGUCGCCUCGCCAGGGUCACGGCCAAAGAGUUCUCCCCCUCCUUCCAGCACCGCAAAAACGGAGUAGAGGUCCAAAGGCCAAAACAUCAGAACUCCAGUGAGAACGACAUUGAGGUGGUCUCCAGUGGCACAGGGCCAGACAGUCCUGAACUCUACAUGAAGGGCACUACACCCCCAAACUUGACCCCUGACCUUAGCCCUGAGGCCAGCCACCCCUCCUCGCCCCCCUGCAGCCCUGCCACCACCAAGCCACACUGCACCAAGAACGCUCGCUUCCUGCGGCAGAGUGCUGUGGACGAUGCUGGGGGUGGUGGCGGUGGGGGAGGGGGCAGUAGUGGGCAGGAGAUCCAGGUGCUGAUGGAGGGGCGCGGAGGGGGGGAGUACCUUAGGGCCAACAGCUGGAGCGAGGACAAGGACAAGCACUCUUAUAAAGGGGGCAGCAGGAGGGGCAGCUGGGGCAGAAGUCGCUCUACCACCCCCUCUGUCCAAGAGGAAGCCAGGGGCAGCGGGCGCACAAAUGGCCACGGCCACAAGCAUGCCUCCUCCAAUCACAAGUCUCGAGAGCAUGGUUCGUCCAAUCACAAGGCCUCCAGGGACCGGUGGUCGGACUGCCCAUCAGCAUCGUGGAGGUCCCAGCGGACGCACAGCGGUGACACACGACUGCUGGAGCAGGAUGAGGAGAAGCUGAGCAACUACGAGAUGGAGAUGAGGCCACUGCAGCCGAUGGACUCCAACUCCCAGAAGCCCUAUGGGCUGGGAGAGGAGGGCCAUGGUCACGAGGGCGAAGCCCACUCCCACACGCUGCAGAGACAGCGGCCUAGUAAGAGCCGGGAGGCCAGGGAGGGCCGAGACAUGGAGGCGGCACGGCCUUCAGGGGCACGGGAGGGUAAAGAGGGCAAGGAGGGACCGGCCCCAGACUCAAUGCAAAAGAUGGACAGUCUGCGCAAGGAGGACAAGCUGGAGGCUAGGCCUCUGCGCAGGGAUCUCACCCUCUCCCCCCCACAGAAAUCCUCACCCAUUGCACUAGAACACGACGAUGACAAGAAACUGACCCAGCUCAAAGCAAACUCGAGCUCCAGCUCAAUUCUGGUCGUCAUGGUGAUUUUGCUCAACAUUGGAGUCGCAAUUUUGUUUAUCCACUUUUUUAUUUAAACAUGUAUUGCCUAUUGAUUCCUUUUAUGAUUAUACAUUAUUAUGAGUACUAUCAUGACUAUCAGUAACCAGACCUUGACCAUUUGACACUUCUGUAAAGAAUAUAGUAAGAGGAUAAACAAUAUGGGGAUACAGAUGGUUCCCAAUGCCCAGAUUUCAGAGAAGCAGUUAUCUGCAAAACAUCUGCAAAACAUUUUGGAUUUCUCUCCCUGAAAUUACCUGUUCUUCUUCUUAAAUCAUCGUUUAAAAACGUAUAAUUAAAAUGAUUAAUUUUAUUUAUCACAUAUGACAUGUUAAUAUAUAUUAUUUUGUAUUCCUUAAUUGCCUUUUCUCUCUGUUGAUAUUGCUGAUGUUCUUUUGAUUGAGUUUGUUUCUGGAGGUAGACUCAGAUGAGUGGUGGCACUGCCUGUAUGAUGGUGUAGUGGGUCAAAUGAGGCAGAAGAUAAUGUAUCUACUCUGGUUCUGACUGUGUCCACCUGACCUGGGUUCAAAUACUAUUUAAUAAUAUAUUUAAAUACUGUAUCUGUGCUUGAUUGAGCUUACCUGUUGCAGUGGAAACAAUAGAAAAGUCCCAAAAGUGCAAAACAAUGCCUACCUGACAGUUGAGGCAGGCUAAAGCAAAUGCUGAAAGUAUUUGAAAGAUUUCAAGUAGUAUUUGAACACAGGUGUUGUCCACCCAGUAAUACAAGGUUCAAAGGGAUGGGAAACGGCCCCCUGUCCCCUGUCCUACCCAGUGCCCUCCGAACCCUCCCCAUCCUCUACCCCUGCACAUAUCACCCUUCUGGCACGUUGUUCCCCUUCACGAUUAUAAGUUCAGCCUCUCACCACCCAUCCUUCCCCUUCCCGGUAGUCCACUCAUGACAUCACUCCAUAUCUUGUUACCCUCUUUUCCUUGUUUCAUGUAAGUCUCCUUUCAUUUUAUACCCCACCAUGCUCCCCAAAUCCUAACAACCAACCAUUUUCACCAAGACUUCAUUUUGUUUCCUUCUUUCAUGAAAAUAUGAUUAAAUAAAAAUAGGGCUGCAAAAAAACUUUUGCAACUACAGAAUCUGGUCAGCAACAGGACAUGUUUACAAUCUGAAAAACCAGGAUGACCAAUACAAAUUUGCCUCUAACAACUAUAACACUAUACCUAUCUAUGUUAGCAAACCGUUUGUAAAUUUAGCAACGUGGGUUACCAAGAUUGAAACAUGCACGAGGAUCUACUCUUUAUCAACUCUAAUCCGUCCGCAACCGGAGUAGGAAUAGUUCUGUCUGAAAGGACUUCAUCCAGGUCUCUAAUGUAAAAGAUUCUCUCUAUAGUCGACAACAAAAGUCUCUAAUGUAAAAGAUUCUCUCUAUAGUCGACAACAAAAGUCUUUAAUGUAAAAGAUUCUCUCUAUAGUCGACAACAAAAGUCUUUAAUGUAAAAGAUUCUCUCUGUAGUCUACAACAAAAGUCUCUAAUGUAAAAGAUUCUCUCUGUAGUCUACAACAAAAGUCUCUAAUGUAAAAGAUUCUCUCUGUAGUCUACAACAAAAGUCUCUAAUGUAAAAGAUUCUCUCUGUAGUCUACAACAAAAGUCUCUAAUGUAAAAGAUUCUCUCUGUAGUCUACAACAAAAGUCUCUGAUGUAAAAGAUUCUCUCUGUAGUCUACAACAAAAGUCUCUAAUGUUAAAGAUUCUCUCUGUAGUCUACAACAAAAGUCUCUAAUGUAAAAGAUUCUCUUUGUAGUCUACAACAAAAGUCUCUAAUGUUAAAGAUUCUCUCUGUAGUCUACAACAAAAGGAAAUCAUGAUCUAAAGGAAAGAACUCUCAAACACACACACACUGUACAAUUCCAUGUACACAACAGGUACAAUGCUCAUGCACGUCUGUCCAGUGGAGUUAUUAUACGCUAGAUUUGUAUAAAAUAUUAACAUUCCAACCAACUUCAUCAGUAUCUCUCUGGUCUUUAAUGUACAGGUUGAACUUCAUAUGAGGACUGUAGGGCAUGACAUUCUGUCAGUUGUCAUCUAACUGCCCCUUUGGCCCCAACAGAGUCUCUCUCUCUCUCUCUCUCUCUCUCUCUCUUUCUCAUUACAGUAUAAUGACUAAAGGUUUCUUCCCAAACCUCACCCCACACACCUGGUCUGGAGCCACUGGCUCGCCGUACAGUAAGAGACGGGUGUGCCCAAGUACAAGUUCAGAGACUGUUACGUUUCAAACUGCUGCUUUCAAAACAACGAUUUCCCAAGACAGAAAAAAAUCAUCAACAUUUUUAGCUAUUUGCAAGACGUCUGAAAAAACGCCAACUGCCUUGUUUUAUAAAGUUUAUAAAGAAAAAAAAUAUAUUCUAAAAUGCAUGGUCAAGUAUGUUUUAGAUUUGUAUACAUUUUUUUUGAAAAAAAAAUAUAAAAAAAAUAAAAACAUUUUAAAAUGUCAUCCCAAUGAGGAAAGGUUGUCUUUUACUGGCUUUGCCAAUUUCCUCUUAGUUGUGAGCAAGCAGAACCUUUCCAGGUGUUGUCCAGUACUGUUCUGAGAAGCAGAAUCUUCCAUAGGAUAGCCUGGGCUGGAGCUAUAGUACGGUACAGUAAAGGAAUCAGACAGUCUACUGCAUCCCACUGCUUCUCCAUGACAAAGCCCACAUCUUAGACGGAACUAAACAACAGAGAAAAAAAAACAGACAAACUAAGAGAGAAAUGUUUUGUGUAUUUUUUAUAGCUGGCUAACUAACUCAAACACUCUGAGACAUUUAUAGCAUGUCUGUAAUGGGCUAGUACUCCCUCCUGAUUGUCUUGGUCCUCCAGUCAGUAAUCAUUCACAAUCUACAGUAUGUGUGCUCUCUUCUCUUCCUCCCAUACCUCUCCGUUUCUCUAUCCAGCAAAGUCAAACAGAGCUGCCGAUGUGAAGGAAUGAAAGCUGGGGCCAAAUGCUUGGAGUUAUAUUUUUCAAGAACGUUUGCGCCAGUGGAGGCUGCUGAGGGGAGGACGGCUCAUAUUGAUGGCUGUAUCGGAGUAAAUGGAGUUGCAUCAAACACAUGGAAACCAUGUGUUUGAUGUAUUUUAUGCCAUUCCACUAAUUCCGCUCCAGCCAUUACCACAAGCCCAUCCUCCCCAAUUAAGGUGCCACCAACCUCCUGUGGUUUGCUCCCCCAGUCUUGACUUACUGAGGUACUGUUGGAAACUGGACUGAUACUGUAAGAUGGUUAAGGGAUAUUAUGGGAAAUGGUUCACUGAUUCAAAGAAUAACUAUGAAUAUUGGUCCAGCGGGUCUUGAUGCUGAGAGGUGCAGAGGUGAUGUCCCUGUUCCUGUGGUUUUUCUACCAUUCCGACUGGAAGUACCCAUCACCUUGAGAGCCCAUCGCAUGCCCAAGCAUGCCCAGUUCUUUUUCUCUCUCCUCUCCUCUUUUAUUUAUUAACUUUUUGGGGGUCUGUUUGUUUUUGAGUUAUGUGGAGAAAAUAAUGAAAGUGUUUGAAAGAAAA